AUGGCGAUUCCAUUCUUCGAAGAAGACCACGUCUCGAACUCGGAACCCAGUGGCGAUCAAGUGGAUAGCCCCAUGGCUUACUCCAUAGAUCCAGGACAUGAUCAAGUGGACUUCGAAGGUCCUCCAUCAGGAGCUCCAGCCGAGGAAAUCCCGCCAGCAGGAGCAACAAGUGAGCCAGUUGCGUCUCCGAGUGCCGAGGAGCAACUGCUGGCCUGGAAAAUCCUGGCCAUCACCAUGUGCAAGGUGCUGAAGCAAUUUUACCUACAGCACAAGUCAUCCGGAAAAUCCAGCAAACUAAAGGCCACCGUUCAAAUACAACCGCAGGCGCAGUAAAAACUCCGAAGAACCAAUUAAGCACCAACUAAGGCUCCUAAAAGCGCAACUUGUGAUUACUUUACGUUGGUGAGAACUAGCGCAGCCCGAAAAUUUCGAGAGAGAAUGAGCGAGACAGUGACAGAGAAAUGUGAAUCAAUUUCCCAAGGAAAACCCAAAAA